ACAUCAGGCCAAAUGACUUGCGCACUUGUGGCUUCGAAUCAAUAUUCUCGUUUCAGCGCUAGUGCCCUGAGAUGAAGGCAACAGUUAUCAGCAGUAUUUUUUCUCGUAAACAAGGGUGGAGAUUAAGUAAUCCGACUAAAUCAAAGGAUACAAAUUAGCAGUACCAAUAAAUUUGUGGAGUUCAAAACACAUUUUUUUAAAGUGAUGUAGUGCAAUUCCGUCGGAUGAAAGUCACAGUGACUCUAAAUUCUCUGAUUUAGAAGAAAAAAAGAAGAAGUAAACGAAAAUGUAGAAAAAAUAAAGCAAAAUCCAGUAAAUCAUAAAUGAAAUCAAAUUCAGAACUUUAGUCAUAAACAAAAUGGAUAAACGCCUUUCUCUUGGAAUCAACGCCAGCAUCCUUCUGAUUUUAAUAAUAUUCUGUGCCCUUCUAUCUCUUCCCCUAAAAUACCUAUUCAACACCAAUUACAAAGGCACUGAACCAACAGAAAUUAAUUCUCAAACUACUGAACAAACAAAACAAAUUGUCCAAAAAGAAGAAAUACCUCCGGAAGUGAAAGAUUUUAAAAAAAUGAAUGUCUGUCCCUUCAACUACGAGCUCUGGAUGAAAUCACUAUUCAUUACCAACUACGACAAGAACUGUACGGAAAAACCGGAAAUCAAAGAAAAUCCUCAAGUUCCCCUUGAGGAGAAAACGGAAGAAAUUCAAACAGUCGAUUUAAACAUUAAAAAUGAAAAACCAAACGAAAUUCUCUCCACUCUAUCCACGACAAAGAAAAAGGAUGUAAAUAAUACACAAAUAAAUAAAUCAAUUCCCGUUGCUGUACAUAUUCUCGCAAUAAUGCUUGUCGUUUCUGUCAUUGUGGCUUUGGCUGAGGUUGUGAGGAUUCGUUUCGCCAGGGACAAGGACUUGUCAACUACUGGCAACGUCACAAUUAGGCGAGGAUCGGUUAUCAACUUAAUGGCUCAAAAGAAGGAAAUGCUCAAAAGUCAACGCUCCCUAGACCUUCAAGCUAUGCAUCGAUCGACACGACUCCUUGGUAAGACAUCUUUCUUCCGCCGUUCGUCUUUUCCAAUUCAAGAUAUCUCGAAAAUCAUUCACACCAGCAGGGAAUUAUCAAAGUGGUCGUCCACUGAUUCAGAAGAUAUGAUAAUUAGCAGUCAUCGUGCACAUUUAAUUCGACGCCAAUAAGAUAAUAUGAUUACGAGAUUUGUGGAAAUUAUGAAUAUUGUCAUAAUUACAUCGAAAUAAGGAUUGUGUCAUUAAAUGAGAGAAUGUGAAAUAUUCUUCAUUUUCUACUCGUCAACACUUACUAUCUGACGCUAAUUAAAAUUCGUGUCAUGGCAACU